CUCUUGCCUGUACAUGAAUCAGUCAUUCAGAGAAACACACACCGAACACAUACGCACAUUCUGUAACACACACAUACAUAUUAUAACGCACACAGACAUACUGUAACGCGCACGCACACAUACUAUAACACUAUAAGGCGCACCCUGUAACACAUACACACAUAACGCACACACACACACACACUAACAUACACAUACUAAAACAUACAGACUCGAGAUUGAAACUAAGAAAGUGACUUUUACUUCGCACAUUCAUCUUCUUUCAUUCACUCAUCUCUUCUCCUCCCGUUUAUUUUCCACCACCACCACCAUCACCAUCACCACUAUAUUCCACCUCUAUUACCCCACCAAUUCCAUCUCCAUCAUCGUCUCUACCACCAACAACAACAACAGCACCAUCAUCUCUACUACCACCACCGUCAUCUUCAUCAUAUCCACCACCACUACUACUACUGCAACCAUCAUCAUCAUUAUCGCCGAUGUUUAAACCGGCCGCUCUGAGACGUUUAGACAUUCAGUCAGGCAAAGUCGAGAGUGAACAACUGUAGCCUGCUGAUGAUCAACAACAACGAGAACAACAACAUCGAGCGUGAAAGUAGAUGUGUGUAUAUGUUUGAGUGUGUGCGCUUGAGUUUGUCUGACUGUAAGUGCAUGUAUGUGCAUAACUAAUUAAUUGCCCGGCAUCGUCUUAUAAAUGCCAUCGAUAUUGUAUUAAUAUUUAUUAUUAUUGAUGUUUGAUAUUCCUUCGUAUCUCAAGCAGCAACAACAACAACAAUCCAUAGGAAAAUAAAAGAACAGCCAAACGGAGUAACUUACAUAUCUUUGUACAUAGAUGCAAGAAUCCAGGAAUAUCUGAAAACUAGCAGAACAAUCACAAAAUAUACAACAGCAGCGAAUUGCAAAUCGUGUCAACAAGGGAGAUUUUAUGUGGUUGCUUGUUGGCCUGCUAAAAAUAGCAGUCAAAUCUUCUUUAAAUCACGCUCUACCAACUAAGAAUUUAUAAAAGAAAAUAUACUUCGCAUUGGAUGAUGUGAUGCUAAAUACAUUGCAUAUGGGGGGAAAUGCCUGGAUGGUAUCCUCUGGUUUGAUCCUAGCCCACUUGGGGUUAAACACUAGUAACUAUUAACAAUAAAAAGAAAAAAAGAAUUAUCUACGGACAGUCAUUAACUACGUCAAUAUAAUUAACACAAACACUGGUUUAAUUCCACUCAUUCAUUAAAUAUCCCACUGUUGUGUUUUCGUUUUUAAACCAGAUGCAAAAACGAGUAAGUACUAUAUUUAUAACCAAUAUUUGAAAAAUAUUGAAACAGCAUCAGAUUAUAAGCAAAAGAGAAAACUACUGUACUCACACACACACACACACACACUCACCCGCCGCGCCCUGUCGCUCUGUUAAUCCGUUCUGUAGGGAGUUUUACCACAUCGAAGAAGUAAAGAAAAGUUUCGUGUCUCGAGUGGACGUCCAAGAAUAGAUGCUGAGUAAACGUGAUGGAUUUCCAGCUCGACUCUACUUGAAUCCACUCAUAAACAAACAUAUAUACAUCAAAUAUAUGUCUAUACACACACGCAUAUCUAUUCAUCUGUAUAUAUUCAAGAGCAAUCAUUGUUAGUUAUACACGGAUAUAUUCGUUCAGACGAGUCGGUAUUCACAUCUACGUACAACGCUAUAUACAGACAUACACGCGCACACUUGCAUGCGUAUUAGUAGAAGACAAAUUCUUGCGAUAUACAACAAACACGUGCUUAAGUAGUAUACAUAUCAACUAUAUAGAACACAUCUCGUGUAUACACACACACACAUCUGUGUUCCACAAGUUGGUUAAGAGAAAAUAUAUCGAUAGAUUUAGGAUGUUAUGUCUUAUGUCUACAAGCAAACAAUAAAACAAUAUUCUUAACAAAUAUACGCAGGACAGCCCGACAUAACGCACGUUUAUCUACCUAUAUUAUAAACACUCACAAAUGUAGGCUACCUCAACAUACACACACAAAUAUAUACGUAUAUAUAUAUAUAUAUAUAUAUAUAUAUAUAUACGUAUAUAUAUAUAUAUAGGAUACUCCAGAAUUAACACAUAUUUGCACACAAGAAUGUAGGAUAUCCCAACAUAUAAAACUAUAUAUUAUAUCUGUAUAUAUACACACACAUCCCAACACAUGUAUGAAAUCUUGGUUGCCGACCCUUCCACCAGCAUAUACAUCAGUACAGGCGAUCCUCGAAGACAGCUAUCACAACAGCGCCUCACUCCACCUUCAUGAGACAAACAACAACAACAGCAACACUACAGCUGUCUAACACACCCUAGCAGCCCCUUUUCACCGAUCCCUUAUAAAACAAACAAACAAAAACACACCUCUUCCUCCCCAGAGAAAAAAAAACCCCAACCGCGUCAACCUCCCCCUUCGCCAUCCCUUUCCCCGCCACAUCCUUACCAUUCUCUCUUUGAAACGAAACUAGCAACAAUGGUUGCAGAGGGGGAUUCUUGCCGGUCUACAGCUUCAGUUAUUCCGUUGUUGUUGUUGCUGUUGUCAACGUUUGUGCCGUUGGCUUUCACGUUCAACAUCGAUACAAGAAAUGCUUUUAUACUAUCAGGGCCUAACGGAUCUUACUUCGGAUAUUCUUUGGCUUUUUACCAACAUCCACAGCAACAACAAAAUUGCACGUUAAUUGUAGGCGCACCAAAGUUUAAAGAAGGCGCAAACACCCAUGGAAAAAUAUUUUCCUGUUCAGUACAGCAGACAAAUUCUUGCCAACCAAUUGAUGUUCAAUUUAAAACUAAGAAUGGUUAUGGUUAUUCCAAAAAUGAUCUCUGGAUUGGUGGAACAAUGGAUACGAAUGAACAGAAAAAUAAAGUCAUGAUAUGUGCCCAUAGAUACACAAUUCUUUUAUUACGGUCACAACGGAUGACAGGUAUUUGUCUUGAGAUGUCUGACGCAACUGGUCAAGACACAAGAAUGCUGGAGUGCCAAGCAGACCAGAAAAGAAACGGUGUUUACUACUAUGGUGUUGCUCAAUUAGGUACAUCAAUGAAAUAUUCUAAGGACAACAAGACAUUACUAUUUGGAACACCAGGACUUUAUCAAGGAAAAGGUGGCUUUGCCAUUUACAAUGAAAAUGGUUGCGAGGUUGUAGACUAUUCCGAUGAGACAAGAAAUAUAGUACAUACGGAUGAUGAGUAUGAAUACCAAAUGGUUGGUUACUCAAUAACAAGUGGCAGGUACUUCAACAACCAAGUACAUACAGUUGUGGGAGCCCCUGGCAUUUCAACCAGUGGGCUUGGAAAGAUUUAUUUCUACUCUGGUGGCACUCUGUUCCAAUAUUAUAAAGGUACACAAUUUGGAAGUGGUUUUGGUUCAAGUUUGCUCACAGCAGAUCUUACAGGAGACGGCAAUGAUGAUUUAAUUGUAGGAGCACCAUACCAGUACAGUAUAAAGAACGAGGGUCAUGUACAUGUUUUUAUCAGCACUGGUUGGGGACUCUUUCAUAGGUCAGAACUUCAGGGGGAUAAUAUUGUUAAUGCACAUUUUGGAAUGGCUUUGGGAAAUCUUGGUGACAUCAACAAAGAUGGUUUUGAAGACAUUGUAGUUGGAGCACCGUAUGAAGAAGACUGUGGUGCCAUUUAUAUAUAUUUUGGAAACAAUCUUAAACUCAAUGAGAACAACAGACAGAAAAUUCUUGGAAAGACAUUGGACAGCAAUCUGAAAGGUUUUGGAAUUUCAUUUUCAAAACCUAUGGAUGUUGAUGGAAAUGGUUAUGAUGAUUUCUUUGCUGGUGCCUUUCUAUCAGAUAAUGCUGUGUUACUCUCUUCAAGAGAAAUAAAGGCCAAAAGCAGGAUCACAACUAACCCUGGAGAAUUAGAUCCUUCAGAUGUCAGAUGUUUUGGCGAAAUCUUUAUCUCUGGAUGUCUGGAUUUACAGUUGUGUAUUAAACUCAUAGGAAAAAACUUAAAAAAUAUCAAAACAACCAUCAUUACUGAUGUGGAUGUUGAUCAAGAAAAAGCCAAGAAACGAGUUGCCUUAGAAGGUUCAAACACCAAUGAAAUAAUACUUCAAAGCGAAGAGGAACGUUGUAUUUCAAUGGCUUUAAAAACACGGAAAACCAACAAUAUUUUCUCCUCUGUGAUCAUGCAGUUUAGAGUAGCUUACAGCAUCAACGAGACUUGUGUAUCCUGUUCUGCUGAAAAUUUACUUGACACAACAUUACUCACAAAAGAAAUACCAUUUGUUACAGAGUGUGGAAAAGACAAAAUUUGUUACAGUGAAUUAGUUCCAAAUCUCCAAAUUGUAAACCCUCGAACGAAUGAUAUUUUGGUUAUCGGAGAGUCUUUUAUGUUUGAAGUCAGAGUUACAGUUCGUAAUAUGGAGGAGGCUGCAUACCAGCCUAUUGGUAUCUUAAGAUACCCGCUCUAUGUACAAUACAUCCCUAACUCUGCUACAAAUGGUGUCAACUGUUCUGCAGAAUCUAUUGUCUUAUUAGGUGAAGAAAAGAACAAAGUUGUUAAAUGCAAUCUUAAGAAUCCCAUAAGACAAGAAGAUUUCACUUACAACAUGACAUUUGAGAUUGAAGAAGGAAAUUUGAAGUUUGGUAUGUUUCCAAUGAAGUUCUCUGUCACAUCUCAAAGCGAAGAAAUGUGCAACAAAAAUGAUGCUAUGAAAUUAACGGUGAAAAUGAGAAAAAAGGCACAGCUACUUCUAUCAGGGUCAUCGGAACCCGCAUUCAUUGUAGUCAGUGAUAAAAGAAAUAAAAGUUCAGGAAUACAAAAUGUUGCACAUAAAUAUGUUUUCUAUAAUAAAGGACCAAGUGACAUCACAAAAGUCCAGUUUUCUGGGAGUGUGAAAACCAUCUUUCAGGAGAUCAAAGGGAAACCUGUAAGAAUUGUUGUAGACGCUAUUUUGAAGAUCACUCAAAAAGAAAGCUUACCAGUGCUAAGUUGUAAUGAGUCAAAGCUGGAAGGAAAUCAGGAAGAAUAUCGAUUCAACUGUGAAGUACAUAAUUUUUCAGCAACUUUAUCAUUUAAUGUAGAAAUAAAGCUAAAACUUUUCACUCGUUUUACAAAUUCUGAUUUAACUCCAGUUUUCUCUGACAUAAUGAUAUCAGAGCACAAAAAUGAGCAGUUCAUAACAGGAAUACAAAAUACGGAAAUGUCUGUUCAGGUUGGGACCAACUUGAGACCAGACCGAAAACAUAUAAAAAUCUGGAUCAUUAUUCUAUGUGUGGCACUGGGAGUGUUUCUUCUAAUUCUAGUUAUUUGUGGUUUACGGAAGUGUGGAUUCUUUGAAAGACAGAAAGUCCACCACAUACGAGGACACAGUGGCAAGAUGAGACAAUUAUCACAGCCUGAUCCAGAUGAUGAUAACAAAGAAUAGGAUUAUUAUUAUUAUUUCUAUUACUAUUAUUAUUAUUAUUAUUAUUAAGGUGGUGAGCUGGCAGAAUAUUGGUUUGCAUUUUCUAGUUCUGCUCUCUACAUUUUGAGUUCAAAUGCCACAAAGGCCAGUGUGUCUUUCGUCCUUUCAAAGUUGAUGAAAUAAAGUGCAAAUCAAGAACUGAUGUCUGUCAUCAACUUGCCUUCUUCACCGAAAAUUACUGGUUUUAUACUAAAAUUUGAAACCAUUAUUAUUAUUAUUUUAUUUUUAAUAUUAUUAUUACAAUCAUGGACAUAUGUCCUCUCACUUCCUCUUCCCCUUCAUUCCCACAUAAAACGAAAAAAAACAAUAACAACAAGAAACGCAUAUUGUUUAUGAUCUCAUGUUCUCACAAACUACAUAUUAGGGAUCAAACAUUGGCCCUUUUUUACCCACCUCAUCCCAUUCCAAUUCACAACUGAUAUCAUUUCCAUUCUAAUCUCCUCCCACUCAUCCCUAACUCCUCAUCUUCAUUCCCUUUGUUUCCAACUCCCUCUCAUAAACAACCUGCUCUGAAAAUUCUACACUGAACCAACUCGGUUAAAGAAAAAAAAGAGUAACUAAAGAACAAGCAAAAAACACUUCCAUUUAUUUUAUUUUUUAAUUUUUCAACUGAUGUAAUUAAAUUUAUUUAUGUGUUGUUGUUGAAAAAA